ACCGAGCCCUCGCGGCCGCCGUAGCCCCGCGCGCCGCUCGGCGGUCACGUGAGCGGGAGCGAUGGAGGCGGCCAAGAUGGCGUCCCCCAAGAGCGCCCCCAAAGACGCGCAGGUGAUGGCGCAGAUCCUCAAGGACAUGGGCAUCACUGAGUACGAGCCGCGCGUCAUCAACCAGAUGCUGGAGUUCGCCUACAGGUACGUGACCACCAUCCUGGAGGAUGCCAAGAUCUACUCGAGCCACGCCAAGAAGUCGAGCGUGGACGCAGACGACGUGCGCCUGGCGAUCCAGUGCAGGACAGACCAGUCCUUCACCUCCCCCCCGCCCAGAGACUUCCUGCUGGACAUCGCCCGCCAGAAGAACCAGACGCCGCUGCCCCUCAUCAAACCCUACUCGGGGCCGCGGCUGCCCCCCGACAGGUACUGCCUGACCGCCCCCAACUACAGGCUCAAGGCCCUGCAGAAGAAGGUCUCCUCCACAGCAGGCAGGAUCACAGUCCCUCGCCUGAGCGUGGGUGCCGUGAGCAGCAGACCCAGCACUCCCACUCUGGGUACCCCCUCAGCCCAGACCGUGUCUGUGUCAGCCAAGGUGGGGGCCCCGGUGUCUCUGGCCGGGCAGCGCUUCACUGUCCAGAUCCCAUCCUCCCAACCUGCUGGGAAGUCAGCCACCCCGACCACCCCGACCGUGCAGAACGUGCUGAUCAACCCGUCCCUCAUCGGCCCCAAGAACAUUCUCAUCACCACCAACAUGGUGUCCCAGGGCACAGCCAGCGACCCCAACCCCCUCAAGAGGAAGCACGAGGACGAGGAUGACUAUGACACCUUGUGAUGGGAACGGGACCCUUCCCGGGACUCACAGGGGGUGGGAAGGCUCUGGCCAGGGGGGUGGGAAUGUGGAAAUAAAGUGGAGUGUGUUUGUAACCUG